AUGGAGGACUCGCAGAAUUGGGCAUCAUCAUAUCAUGAACCUCACGUACUUCUGCGUUCUUCUACUGAGAUAGUACACGAGAAAGAUGAUACGAAAGGAAAACCUUUGAUACCUACUAGAGCAUUACCCCUCGCAUCACAAUUUAAUCGUCUCGAUAAAGCAGAUUUAGAGGAGGCAAUUAAACUUGGAUUAUUACUUGAAGAUUUACCUGUAAAUCAUGAUACAUCAGUACCCGACUUUGGUGUUGCCUAUGAGAAAAAAGGAGGAAAUCGAAUGGCAGGAUGUGGUAUUGAUGUCUUUCGUAGUCAACGAUUACUACAGGAACGAUGCAAACAAUUUGCAAUGCAACGUGGUUUUCAAUUGUACGUCUCGGGUAGCAGUACACGUCCAAAUGGUGGUGGAAAUGUUAAAUAUCGCUGUAAAAAGUUACAUGGACAGCAAUUUUUUGACUCGAGUACACCAGUUCAUCAGUUGCAAUGUCCCUUUUACAUUAAUGGCUAUGGUAAGAACCAGCAUUGGAAGAUUACGCGGGCCUGUUUUCUACAUAAUCACUACAAAUUUAUUGGAUGUCGGACAGGAGGAGCGUCAAUUUUGAAGCCAAAUUUGAUACAAGCUCCUAUACCACCAGCUACUACAUGUAUUACUCCGGACAAUCAAGAGAUACCUAAGACAGUAUCAAGUCCUGCUAUUGUCAUGUUGCAGAGGCAAGAGAAUGAAGCAAGAGCUGCAGAAGAGACGGAGUGUGCAAUUACUAUAUUGCCACAACGAGUGAAAGCUCAACGGAAUACAACCAUGUCCAUGAAAACAUUGUGUCGGAUGGUGACGGACGAGGUAAACAAGUAUCCAAUAUCUAAUUUAGUGAUGGCCAAGUUGGACGGGAAGAUAAUACGACGCAUUCUACUUCGACAGGGUCACACUAUUAAUCACAUGAUGUCUUCCCGGAUCAAAAGACACCUUCAAGAAGAGAGAGUUGCGAAAGUACGGACGUCAUUCCAGAAGCUGCAUGGGUAUUUGAAAGUAGUUGCAGAGAAGAACCCGGGCUCACAUUUUCGAUUCGAAAAGAGGGACGACGGUGCGUUUCAACGCGCUCUAUUUAUUCCAAAUGCAACGCUACAUGCUGUACAGUAUUGUCGCAAAAUUGUGUCUCUGGAUCAUAUCACACACAGCGAGGAGCUACCGGAAACAGCCUUGGGCAAACUAGAGGGCGAUGGAAAUGAUGACGUGAUUUGCGGAGUUUACCUGAAGGCUUCGAUAAAGGAUUUUAACGACGAAGUCAUCACUUUAGCGCUUGCGCUUGUGAAUCAAGAGAAUGAAUUGACCUGGGAGUGGUUCCUACGCGAACUACAGAGUACACAGGUGACGGAUUGGAAUCAAUACACGGUGAUUGCAGGGCGUGCCCAUGGGUUACAGACGGCGAUUCAGACCGUGUGGCCUCAAGCGAGCUACCACUCUUGUAUGCGCCGUGUUGUUGAAGACGAAGUAAUGGUGAUUAAAAAGGUUCCCAUGACGUCUGAAAAGAAGCAAAGCAUUUUCGACCUAGCGCGCAGUGACAGCAAAUCUGAAUUUGAUACGCUACACACAGCUCUGGUCCGCACGAACGAGGCAGCUGUGGCAUAUUUGGAUGAACUGGACCGCAAAAACUGGGUGAAAUACGCUUUUCUUGAGGCAUUUCAGCGGCCAACAUUUAACGAGCUUACUUCUGAUCUCUCGAUGGCGUUGGGAAGUGACGAGCUCUUCUCACAACACGCAAGCACGAGUCAUAUCAAAUGGUUUGGUGAAGAUCCCGUUUGCAGUUCGCAACCGCUCGACACGUACAGCCAGUACUUUACAAAGAUUGCCGACAAUUUUCACGAGCGUCGGCAAUCCGUAAAGCACCGCCCAGCACACGAACUUGUCCCACGGCGAGAAGAGCAGCUACAACAGAUUUUACAAGGUAGCCAGCGCUGCGAGUCAGUUCCUUGCGCAAAUGGGCUUUACAUGGUGCGCUAUCUAGGCGCAACGCGACUAAAUAUCCCAGACAGCUGGCGUCACGUCAACCUUGACCGCUGGGAAUGCACGUGUCAAGAUUGGCAAGAUCAACACUUCCCGUGUUUGCAUGCGAUCCAUGCCGCAGAGUUAGAUCGGCGCCGUAUCGAUUCGCUGUACGACACGAAGCAAAACUCGAUCGAGAACUAUCUGAAAUGCUAUGCAACUUUGUUCACACCGUGGCCAGUGGAUGCAUCUCCCAUUCAACCUGACGUCUCCAUGAAGACGCCUCUUGACUUUUUCUUUUCUCAAGAUGGCUCUGGUCGACGAAAGCCUGGCCCGCGCCCGAAGAAUAGAAAAGCAAGUAUCGCGUCGAUGUUGAGUAGGUAA